AUGGUCGAGGCACGCACGGAAGGAGCCGGGCAGCCACGUCCGCAUCCCACUUGGCGUACGCGGCGUCCUAUAAUAUUCCUUCCCUCGCUCCGUCCCCUCCCCUGGACGCCCAAACCCGCGCCGCGCGCGCAGCAUAAAUCCCGACCGACCAACCCCAGCGGCGCACCCCACCAGCCACCUCCACCAUUCGCCACCACACAGGCCGCCCCGAUGCCCGCCUCCCCGUCGCAUCCCUCGCCGGCGCCGGCGACGCCCUCCUCCGCCGUCGCCACGCCCCGCCGCCGCCGGCGCCUCCUCCCGUCCAAGCCCAACCAUCACCACUCGCCGCCGUCCCUGGCGCCGGCCUCCCCGUUCUCCUUCUUCCCGCCGUCGUCGCCGUCGCCGUUCCACCGGUUCCUCCCCUCUCCGCUGCGCGCCUCCGCCGUGCCCUUCUCGUGGGAGCACCGCCCGGGCAUCCCCAAGACGCCCGCCCGGAACCGCCCGUCCUCCUCCUCCAAGAGCAAGGCGCUCCCGCUCCCGCCGUCGCUGCUCGCCAGGUCCUGCGCCGGCGGCUCCGACCCCUACGCCUCCGUCGUCCCCGCCGAGUACGCCGCCGCCGCGAUGGACACCCACCCUUCGGACCGCGCGGGGCGCCUGCGGGGGUGGAGGGUGCGCCGGGGCCGGCGGCAGUCCCCGCGGCUGGGCGACGCCCUCGCCGAGUGGCUGUCCAUGCUCAGCCUCUACCGCUCCUGCAAGCGCGCCGCCGCCUGCUUCGCCGCCAAGGCUAAGUCGCCGGCCGCCUGACGAGCUCCGGACCUCUCCACGCCACGAGCGAGGUCCACGACAUCUCCGAUGAUCUCUCUCUCCCCCGUUCGCGCGUGUGCUGUCUGCUGUGUUCAACUGUUGAUAGCAAAAUAGUGUGAUUGGUUUGGAUUUGCGACGACGAUUCGCUGUAAAUUAGUGAUCGACAUGAUCAGGAGUAGUAAUAGGCUAAUAGCAUAUAUGAUUCCAUUUGAUACAUGUGCGUAACUGUUAAUUAGUGUUUGCCCCAAUAAUUCAGCAGCAGGACCGUACGUACCAUUAGUUGCAGUCAAUGGAAUGCUGGUGCUGUUGGUGGUGGUGGUGGUGGUGGUGGUGCAUGGUGUGUGCUUUAGUAAGCAUUCAUCAUUAAUUAUUGGGUUUGCGUUCAAAGUUUACUGAGAACUUUUAAGCUCGUGGUCGAGUUGCUCUGGGUGGCCACUGCUGGGAUCGAAAGAUGAAGCGUGUGUAAUCCUGAAAAGUCUGAAAGCUAGCUGAUGAAAACAUGAAGUGUGCAAGCAUGACAUGUGACGUAUUAUGAUGUUUUUUGGACACGGAUAUGGUCUCAAUUA